ACAAUGAAACCGGUUUUUCCAUUAAUGACGUGUUUCUGCGACACGUCACUGAUUUCCAUCAACUAGGGAAGCGGUGCGGUGUCGAGAUCUACAACACUGUUGAUCAAGGGUUUAGUGUCUUCAGAAUGGGUGGGUGGUUUUCCAGUCUCUUCUCUGGCCUGUUUGGUACCAAAGAGAUGAGGAUCCUGAUCCUGGGGUUGGACGGAGCUGGUAAAACUACCAUCCUAUACCGCCUGCAGGUCGGAGAGGUGGUCACCACCAUUCCAACGAUCGGCUUCAACGUGGAGACGGUGACGUACAAGAACCUGAAGUUCCAGGUGUGGGAUCUUGGUGGACAGACGAGUAUCAGGCCAUACUGGCGUUGUUAUUACUCCAACACAGAUGCUGUCAUCUACGUGGUGGACAGCAGUGACCGAGACAGGAUGGGCAUCUCUAAGUCUGAGCUUGUCACCAUGCUGGAGGAAGAGGAGUUGAAGAAAGCCAUCCUGGUGGUGUUUGCAAACAAGCAGGACAUGGAACAGUCCAUGACCCCGGCUGAGGUGGCCAACUCCCUGGGCCUCCCCGCCCUCAAAGACAGGAAGUGGCAGAUCUUCAAGACCUCCGCCACCAAGGGCACGGGCCUGGACGAGGCCAUGGAGUGGCUGGUGGAAGCCCUGAAGAGCAGGCAGUAAAGACAGCCCACACCUCUUGUUCUCUGUAAAUACUCCUGUAUAAAAUACUUCCUGAUUGGACCGCUCAGGAGGACCAGUGACUGCACUCCUUCCAGGGGCACGUUCAGUACGCAAAUGUUGUAAAUAGAAAUGUUGUGAAUAGAGCUGACGAGAAUCCUUACUCUACAUGUCACAGGUUCUACACAAUACAUUUCUAUAUGAAGGUGCCAAAACGUUGUGCCCUGCUGAACACAGCCCCACCCUAUCCCUGAAGCCUUCACCAUGCCUAGCCCCUCCUUGCCUUACCUUGUCCCAUAGCCCUGUGGUGUUUGCAGAUCUGAAGAGGACCAAGUAAUGUGGUGAUGGCUCCACAUUAGACCUCCAAUUGGAUGUACGGCACACAUAGAUUAUAUAGUAUCUCCUGCCAUUUUUGGUGAACCCUUCCAGUUCCUUCUGAUCUGUAAACACAGAGGGGUUGGCUCAGGGGCAAAGAACUGACCGGCCCCUUCAGGGAAGAGGACCUGAGCAACGUUACUGCAGCUGGUGCUGUUUUUUAUUGUAUUACUCAUACUGGAUUUUUUUAAAUUAAACUUCUGUUGGGUGUGUAAAUAAAGUUUGAGGUUGUUAGUUUAGGCCUUUUCAUUGGAAUGCUCAAACUUUAAUGUCAGUUGUUGGACACUUAACUGCUUAAUUUGUAUGCUACAACUUUUAUUGCAUAUUUGAGCUUGUACAGUGAAAACGACCCUCAGUAACACGGAUUUCAGACUGAAUAUAUACAACUUUGUGGUCAAAUUAUUUAUCUCCCACCCAAGAAGCAUUAUUGUAAUGUUCAACAGGACCACUGAUACUUUUCCAAUAAGAUUGUUCAAAGAAAGCAGCACAAUAUAGUAUUUAAUUGAAAAAUGUGUGUGUGUAAACCCCUUAGACAAUCUUGGACUUCUCAAAUCCUUGACUAAGAAUUCAUACAGAGGUGACUGUCAGCUCCUGCAUUAAGCAGGAUAUGAUUGCCUGGUCUUCUCAUCCAUCCUUGCUAGAACAUGGAUAAUAUAAUUUCACCAUAGCCAAGUCCUUGAGUGAGUUCCUCUGUCUCUUGGCUUUGUAGCCAGGCCUCAGAAACUCAAUCUUCCUUCUUGAUCUUGUUUUUGUGUUUUGUCCUGGCUGCGAUAUCAGGGUUAACCACCGCCUGAGAGCAGAAUAAAAGGUUAGUGUGAGAUGUA